UCUGAGUUACCAUACUUGCACGACACACUUCACUGGCAAACUCAAAACCGAAAAAGGACAGAGCAUAUGUUUGCGUAUAUAAAUAUAGAGAGAGAAACACUAUCAAGAUUCUUUUCUCUCUCUCUCUAUAUAUAUAUAAUAUCUUCUUCAAACUAAACCCUAGCAAAAUUUGUACUACUAUAUACACAGCCAUGACACAAAAAUCAAGACUUCGAAGAAAAGUCUCUUAGAUCUCUGUACUAAACUCAGUUAAUCUUUCAUUUUUUGUUUGAGUUAAAAAGCUGGAAAUUGAGUGAGUAAUUAGGGUUUUGAAAUGGAGCCACGUGUUGGAAAUAAGUAUCGACUAGGUCGGAAAAUUGGAAGUGGAUCAUUUGGAGAGAUCUAUCUUGGUAUUAAUAUACAGACUAAUGAGGAGGUUGCAAUUAAGCUGGAGAAUGUCAAAACAAAGCAUCCUCAGUUGCUAUAUGAGUCAAAGUUGUAUAGAAUUUUGCAGGGAGGAACUGGAAUACCAAAUGUGAGGUGGUUCGGUGUGGAAGGAGAUUACAAUGUUCUGGUCAUGGAUUUGCUUGGACCCAGUCUUGAAGAUUUAUUUAAUUUUUGCAGUAGGAAACUUUCCCUGAAGACAGUUCUGAUGCUUGCAGAUCAAAUGAUAAAUCGCAUUGAGUUUGUUCAUUCGAAAUCAUUUUUGCAUCGUGAUAUUAAACCAGACAAUUUUCUUAUGGGCUUGGGAAGGCGUGCAAAUCAGGUCUAUGUUAUAGACUUUGGUCUGGCCAAGAAGUACCGUGACACUUCAUCUCACCAACACAUACCUUACAGGGAGAACAAAAACUUGACAGGCACUGCAAGAUAUGCUAGCAUGAAUACUCACCUGGGUAUCGAACAAAGCAGGAGGGAUGAUUUGGAAUCUCUUGGAUAUGUCCUGAUGUACUUCCUAAGAGGAAGUCUCCCCUGGCAGGGGUUGAAAGCAGGAACGAAGAAGCAGAAGUAUGAGAAAAUAAGUGAAAAGAAGGUGUCAACAUCUAUUGAGGCUUUAUGCCGGGGUUAUCCUACUGAAUUUGCAUCCUAUUUCCAUUAUUGUCGUUCACUACGCUUUGAGGAUAAACCAGAUUAUGCUUAUCUGAAGAGAAUAUUUCGUGACCUCUUCAUCCGCGAAGGCUUUCAGUUUGACUAUGUUUUUGAUUGGACCAUAUUGAAAUAUCAGCAAUCGCAAAUUGCAGCUCCUGCUUCCCGACUUGGCCCUGGUGUUGGAACCAGCUCAGGCAUGCCUCCAGUUAUCCCUAAUGCAGAGAGGCGGUCAGGUGAGGAAGAAGGAAGACAACCAGCAGAUCCUUCUCGAAGGAGAAAUUCUGGGCCGCUUAUAAAUGCUGGAAGUUUGUCCAAGCAGAAGAGUCCUCUCAGAAAUGAUUCUACCAGCAAGGAUGCUAUGCUGUCAAGCUCCACUUUCCUGGGACGAUCAAGUGGAUCGUUGCGGCGAGGUCUAGUGUCUGGCAGCCGUGAGACUUUCACUAUGGGAAAUGACUCUGAUCCUACACGUUCUCGAACGCCUGAGGCAAGUCCAGCGACCAUGCACAAAAUAUCAAGUGGACAGAGAAUCUCCCCCCUCGUUGGAUCAUCAGAUCCUAAACAGGCUUCAUCUGGCAGGACUACUUCUGGUAUGAAGAACUAUGAAUCGACGCUUAAAGGAAUUGAGAGUCUCCAUUUUGAUGAGGAAGAUAAGGGUCAGUAAUGGAUUGGAAACCCCUUCAUCACAUUCUUGUAAAUUUCUGACUCGUGUGCUUAGACCUCAGAAAGAAUUGAGGCCCUGAAAGUUGAUUUUUUUUUUUAAAUGAAUUUCGGGUUGCAAAUUAGGAAUCUAGAACGUGUGAUUCAUGCAAGCAAAGAUUUAUAAAUAGAUCUGGAUGAUGCUAAAGCAGGAUAUCAGGUAUUUUCAAUGCAAGCUCAGUGUGCAUGGCUCUCUGUGUUUGUGCAAUCAGACAUCUUCCAUAAUCUUUAAACCUUGUCCAGAUGAUUGGGGAAUAGUGAAACUGUAUAUUGGUCAUUGUAAUAUUUAAAUGGUCCCCAGUAAUAUUCUUCUAGUUGAAUGAA